AUGGGAAGGGGAAGGGUAGAGUUGAAGAGAAUUGAGAACAAGAUCAACAGGCAAGUGACCUUUGCAAAGAGAAGAAACGGGCUACUGAAGAAGGCGUAUGAGCUUUCAGUUCUUUGUGAUGCUGAGGUUGCUCUCAUCAUCUUCUCCAAUAGGGGAAAACUGUACGAGUUUUGCAGCAGUUCAAGCAUGCUGAAAACACUAGAGAGGUAUCAGAAAUGUAACUAUGGAGCACCGGAAACUAAUGUGUCAACUAGGGAAGCCUUGGAAUUAAGCAGUCAACAAGAAUACUUGAAGCUGAAGGCACGUUAUGAAGCGCUACAAAGGUCCCAGAGAAACCUGAUGGGAGAAGAUCUUGGCCCUCUAAGCAGCAAAGAGCUGGAGUCACUGGAAAGGCAGCUAGAUUCGUCGUUGAAGCUAAUCAGAUCCACAAGGACCCAAUUCAUGCUGGAUCAGCUAUCGGAACUUCAACGUAAGGAACACUUGCUAAGUGAGGCUAACAGGGCUCUCAGACAAAGGCAGUUGGAAGGGUAUCAAAUAAAUCCAAUGCAGCUGAAUCCUGGUGGUGUUGAUGAUAUGGGAUAUGCCCGCCAUCCACCUCAACCUCAGCCCGAUCCUCUUUUCCAGCAAUUGGAUUGUGAGCCUACCUUACAAAUUGGAUAUCAGCCUGAUCCAGUAUCAGUGGUGACGGCAGGCCCAAGCAUGGGCAAUUACAUGGGAGGAUGGCUACCAUAG